AUGCCUCGCUUUGCGUUCCCGAUACCCGGCCGCAGCAAGAAGCAAGCACAACCGCCGCCGAAUGAGCCUAUGAGCAAAGCCCACAGAGUACUUGGAUCACCACAGCUCAGCCUCGACUCGAAAAGCCAGCCAUGGGACGCCAGAUCAUAUUCGGGACCAAGCGCCUCGCCGUCGGAAGCGACGGCAUCACCGACAUACGGUUCAGCACGGGGUCAACCGCGACAACACAACCGGGAGCGAGAUUGGUCCAACGAGUCCGAUAUACUACCGCACAACAGCCCGGCGGAAGGUUACGAGGAUGCGUACUCCGAUUACACGGGCAAUUUGCGAAACCAGCCCUCUUCGUCCACCAUACGGUCCUGGUACGAUCGAACGAAGCAGCCGCUGGCCGUCUCCCAGCAAACAUCAGCGUCGGCCAUGGCCAAGGGCCUCCCCUCCAAGGCUCAACGGUUAUUGGAUAUGGACAACAACCACGGUAACUUGGCGACCAAUUCGAGGCAGAAACCUGCGGACCUCGAUCUCUCGCUCGCGAUACCAGGUGGCAGAGGGAAAACACAACGUUUCCAACCGUCGGGAGGCCCUGCGGGGGCAUACGUCGCACGAUCGCCUUCAGUGUUAUCGCCCUUGACACCCGAGUGGACCAAGACACGGCGAAGGAUCCAGAAGCGGCACACCAGCGAAGAUUUGAGGCAAGAUCAUGGCAGUCAUCGUCAACCAGGGACCAACGAUGGCCAAAUGCCCGGCCCCGAGCGGCUCGAUGAGCUCCCGAGUCUGUACAAGCAUUACGAGCAAAUGUCAUUCGCUCAGAUAAUGGAUGGAACCCAAGAACCAGUAAAGACCGCUGCCAGACCAAUGCGGCAUGCGCUGUCUUCUCCGGACAGACUAGACGACGUGGAUGAGCAGGCAGCUUCGGCGGUAUUCCAUCACCAAUUGACGUACUCGCGAGACGAUGUCAGCAGAGCACCGCGUGAUAGUCACGGCACCACCACCAACACUCACUCAACGCACAGCAGCUUGUGCACGCAACGGACGCACCCGACGCAGCUUGGAUAUCCAUCGCAAUGGAAUCACCCCGUCCAGAUCGUGCACGCACCGACGCCAACCAAGGCCGAGCAUUCUCCCAUUGAUUGCGGAGAAAGCGUGUCAAGCCGGCACACGAGGACGUCCAAGGCCUCGAGGCGGACGGAAAAGAGCAUUCGGGAUGCUGAUUUGCAAGAGAAAAGUGUGCUGAUGCUCUCCUCCGACUCGGAGGAAGACGAAGAUGAUCGGGACAGUGCGCAGUCGCCAAGAAAACUGGCCUCAUCGUCUUCCGUACACACGGCGCCCUCCUUGACUGGGAGUGGCCAAACGGGAACCGACGACUUGGAGGCUGACGAUGCGCUCUAUCCAGGCGGAUUGCAGCCGGAACCGACAAGAAAACGCGUGAGCAGAGCACCAGCCGGAUUCCUUACAAUUCCCUCUCAGCCCUUGAAUAAGUCGCCUUCACCCCCCAUGUCGACGCCAUCUACGGGCGAUCCUCGAAUGAGCUGGGCUGAGCCCCUCAGCCUAGCUAAUUCCAACUCCACUGCGUCACUUUCCACCACGGCCUCGAGCGGAGGCACUGCUAUGGUACAGGAAGCCCGGGCCGUGACUCUUGUCCCAGCACAAGGGCCGGAGCCUGCAUCCGACGAAGAGUCUGACCUGGAGUACGACCGGCCGCAACACGUAAUGCGCGACUCGAUACUCCCAAGCAAGACAUUCGAGCCACAACCUUUGAGUCCCUCGUCCAUGGAGUUUUAUAUACAGUCUCCCAGGUCGGGCGACUCGGAUGAGCACUUUAUGGGGUUGACGCGCCAGGAGCAGAUGCUCAUCCAGGCACUGCGACACAGGCGGGAAACGAGGCGCCAACUACACGAGGCCGGCGGCGCCACGCAGGACAACUCGCGCGCACACUGGCGGCAGUCAAGCAAAGGACAUCGGUCAAAUACAUCCGAGGCGACCAUUACGGAAUCCACACUGAACUUUGAUUUUCCCGCGCCACCUAGCCACAAGGACAAUGGGUUGGCUGGGAUCAUGAACAGGAUACAGCAGGAUCCGAUGGAAGAUCAGCCCUCGAAUUCGCGCACAACAGAUGGUAAGGGCUUUGCCUUGUCACCACCGCCGCCUUCUUCCCGGCGGUCUGCAACCAGCCCGGCCAGCAACACCACACCGGGACUCGAGCCCACCGCCAAGCUAGACGUUGGGGCCAUCCUCGAGGCAAGAACCUACAAAUCCGAGGAGUACCUCAAGGCUCGCGCCUGCACGGGCCAGAACCCGCAGUCUCCACGGGAUAAAUUCCGUCGUCAGCGUUUGCCUGCGGAUCGAAGACGCGCGGCCAAGGAGCAGCUUGAUACGCCGACCACAUCUACCGAUCGCCGACCUGCUGUAGCCGAUGGGAAACCCUCUUCGUCGCAGCGUGUCCAACCCGACCAAGGCACCGACAUGCCCCGUCCCGAUAGCCCUAUCUCCCCAGAUGCUUUCCCCUCUGUCCCAGGACGACGCAGGACAUUGAACAGUCAAAGUGUGCGGCUGAGCGCGUUCGGACCGCCCGCGCCAGCCAACGGCGAGAUGGGCUGGUGGGGAGACGAAGAUUGA